UUGUGAUUGUUGUGAAGCAUACUACCUAUUAAUAUUGGAAGUAUUUAUCAAUAGGUGACAUGUGUAGACGGUCAAAGAUGAAACAAGAAAACAACUAACUAGUCUGUGAUAACGGAUAAUGACACCUAAAUCAUGCAAGAAUCCGACAACAUGAAUAUUGGUCGCGACAUCCUGGACACUUCACAGCUGUGUUUGGAGGGAGACUUCGAAGAGCAAGUCAACCAGCUGCUGACCACAGUUCGGCUGUCCAGGAACGAGGUUGAAGAGCUGGAGCGGCUGCUUUCUGAUGUCAGCAACACUCUCAGUAGAGCAUGGCCAGGUUGUAAAGUUUACCCUUUUGGCUCCAUAGUAACUGGAUUGGGCAUAAGAACAAGUGACAUAGAUUGCUAUGUAUCCUUGCCGAGGUGGGUUAAGACACCGCAGAACAAACUGGUAUUUAAGGCCAAACACUUCUUGAUGGCAGAGCCUAGCAUAUUCGCAGAACUAUUGGCUAUCGGAGCAGCUAAAGUGCCUAUUGUCAAAUUCUACCAUAUCCCAACGCAAAGACACUGUGAUAUUAACUUCAAAAGUCCAGCAGGAGUACAGAACAGCAAAUUACUAGCAGCUUUACUACACACAGACCCCAGAGUCCUACCUCUGGCAGUAUUAAUAAAAUAUUGGUCUAAAGUCCACAAUUUAACGGGAACACAUUUAAUGCCCAACUAUGCAUUAAGUUUACUUGUUGUAUUCUACUUGCAAAGUUUAAGCAUUUUACCUUCAGUACACUUAAUGCAACAGUCCGCCGCGCGCCAAUAUAUGGUGGAGGGCUGGAACUCAGCAUUUGAAGAUGUUCAUUAUAACAGCAAUGAAGGAGACCGCUCACUGUCACUCUACCAACUGCUAGGAGGAUUCUUUGACUUCUACUGCCAUUUCGAUUUCGAAAAUCAAGUAAUAAGUAUAUUCUACGGCCGCCCAUUACAUAAAAACUGUUUCAAAGAUUUUGAAUUAUUGCCAAAAGAGUUUGGAUUGUACAAGCACAACAUAUUUAAUGGGAUAAGUAGACAAUUAAAGCUUGAUACGCUCAUGUGUGUACAGGACCCCUUCGAUCUCAGCAGAAAUUGCACAGUAUGUGUGCAUCAAAAAUUGUAUGACAAAGUGAUGAAAUACUUUAAAGAUACAGCUAAAUUGUUUUAUGAAGAGCAUAGUGAAAAUUUCCUGAAAGCCAUUUUGAAAAAGGUGGAAUAUAAAGAUGCUGUCCAUAUACCAAUUACUCUGCCAACUGCAGGGCAGCCCAGCAAAGUACAGAAACGUAAAAACAAGAAGAAAAAUGUGCAAAAUAUUCAAAACGUUCGUAUUUUAUAUUCACAAUUUAGGAAAAACCAAAAGAAACCUAACAAUUUUACGAAUAGAUAGCUUGUUAAAUCAUAUUACCUGUGUGCAAUUGCUUUAUACAAAAGUCAAAAACACAAAACAUAUUCUCCUAUAGGGGUAAAAACAUUGAGGAAUCCGUCUCCUACGCUUUAUUUACUCCAUACUACACAACACAUUUAGGUACAUAAUGGGUUUAUGAAAUCAUUACAAAAUAAUAAAUCAUUUGAAGUACUGUUUAUGUAGAUUUUCUGUGGAGACACAGCAUUAGUUAAUCAAAAUCGUGACAUAUAUUAAGAUUGACUUUAAAUGUAGUUACUAACAUACAUGCUUGAAAAGUUUCUUUGGAAACUAUGAGAACAGUGGCGUACUCUGUAAUAUUGGACAGCUUCGAUGGACCACAGUCCUGUCAAAGUCAAAACAAUUUGUUCAAUAUUAUAGAACUUGUCGAAGGUAAAAUUUACAAUAAGCAACAAUGUAAAAAUUACUUUCUAUAAUGUAUCAUAAUAUAAAAUUUCACCCACUGUAUGUUUAUAUUAUUUACUCUUAUUAAUUGUUUUUUACCUUAUUUAAAAUUAACUUUAAAACAAAUUCUCAGUUGACCACCGAAGUUGUCAAAAGUUACAGAAUAGGCUUUCAGAUCUCUUGAAUUUAUAAAAUUCAUAAUAAAUAAAAAAUACAAAGUA